AUCUAAAAGUAUAUGUUUAAGGGGACAAAGGAAGGACUGUUGCUAUGGUAAUGAUUGUAGUAAACAGUAGUUCUUAUGAAAGACUGUGCGUGACUCAACCGUUGGGUGGCGGUAAAGAGCUCAUCUUAAAAACAAGACAAGACGAGGAGGAAGAGCGGAGGACUCAUGUCACAUCAGCCUAAGCCUGAACAUGAAGACUCUGAUGGUGUUCGACUUUGACGACACGGUGGUGGAUGACAACAGUGACACUUGGGUGAUCAGAUGCCUUCCAAGUAACACGCUUCCUGACUCUGUGAAGAAUUCCUACAGAAAAGGCCACUGGACUGAGUUCAUGGGCAGAGUGAUGAGCUACAUAGGAGACCAGAAGGUCACCCCCGAGGGGAUCCGCAGCGUGAUGGAGACCAUCCCCUUCGCCCCCGGAAUGACAGACCUGCUGACGUUCAUAUCCGAUCACAAGAGCACCAUUGACUGCAUCGUCAUCUCCGACUCCAACACCCUGUUCAUAGACUGGAUCCUCCAAGCGUCUGGACUCCAGGCGGCGGUCGACCGGGUCUUCACCAACCCGGCGAAGUUCAACGAGCUCGGGUACAUGGAGGUGCGUUGCCACCACUCCCACGACUGCGAGCGCUGCCCCGUCAACCUAUGCAAGAGGAAAGUCCUGCAGCUGUUCCUGUCGGAGCAGUGCGCCCGAGGAGUGGAGUACCAACGGGUGGUGUAUGCGGGCGACGGCGGGAACGAUCUCUGUCCCACUUCCUGUCUCGGGGAACGCGACGUGGUGAUGCCCAGGAAGGGGUUCACCCUGGAGAAACUGCUGGCCAAACUGGAGGAUGACGCUCCCCUGAGUGCCAGAGUGGUGGCGUGGAGCAGUGGCACCGCCAUCCUCGAGGAACUGAAAGCAAGUAUGCAGUCGUGACCCGGGACACCGAGAGCGCCAUCAAAAGUACCAGUUGUGACUUGAAACUGAAAUAUUGCAAAAAAUAAUAAUUGUUAGUCGAUCAAAUAUAUAUAUUUUUAAAGUCUGAUUGUGUUGUUAAAAUAAUUUUGAAUUGGGAACAAAUCCAUCAUUUACUCUGAGCUGAAAUGAAGGAAUCAAGGUAGUGUUUGGAAGUGGAAGUCUGGAAUAAAAAAUUAAAAAUCUACAUAUAUAUCUAUACCUACAAUUGUCCAGUCAGGGCGGAGCUGCUGUGCAGACAGGGAGUGCACGUCCGCCCGCACACAGCUACUAGCCCUAUCAGGUUUACAAGGUUGUAAACUUAGGGGUUUACCACCCCCAGUCGCCAUAGCAACACAUGUGGUAUUUCCAGUCUACCUGCUGCGUCAUGCAGGGGGAGUUGUGUAAGCAGCAGUGUUUCCCCCCCUUCACGCUACGCUGCUUUACUCCGAUCUCCCCGUUUCAAUGAGACACUUUGUGGUCCGGAUCUUCCUGCUAGAAGGCGCUUCACGUGAUAUGAGAGCAUAUCUGUGGGCGCGGCUGCAGUGAGCGAGCAAACGCAGCGCGCUCACGUGGUCGGAUGACACGCGCUAAAUCUUCCUACAGCUAAUUAUGUUAUGCACUGAAUAUUAAAGAGAGAAACUUAAGCAAUGGGCAAGAAAACAAAUAAUUCUGUUGUUGUUACCACCCUCUAAACACAUCAAAACAUAAUAAUUGAAUCCUCCCCUUCAGCCCUUAAUGUCACUACAAUAUGUUUGUAAGUACAAGUUGUUAAAUGUCAGUUAUAAUAUGAGCUGAUGCACUUACCACUAUACCAGUUACACCUUUGUGUAACUGGUAUAUAUUACAUUGCAAUUAGCAUUUUUAGGCCUAGUCACAGGUAGUAAGCCAUGUCACUGUGGCCGUGAGUCAUAAUUCACAUUGAUUCAUUCAUUCGGUCAUCACCUCUGCUUUUCCUACUGUGAAAUGUCCUCAGUGAGUAAGUAAACAGGAUUUAAACAGGAUCUAAUCUAGUAAACAGGAUUCUGUGCAGCAGACAGCAUUUCAAAACAACACUUCUUUCAUUAGUUUACCUCAGUUGCACAAUAUUGUGUAAAGAUUGAUGAAAUUAAAUGUUGUCAAUGCAAAGUUGGAUGGUGUACAAGUCACCCAAAGUUUGGAUUUACACAAUGCAUCUUAAAUGUGCCGCUCUGACUGUUUUACAUCUCAGCGUAGCAGUUUGUAGUCCUACACACAAUUAAUUGGCAUAAACUUCAACGUAUAAGUAAAAUGAACAAAGUCCAUGUCUCAGAACUGUGUUAUUUUAAAUCAUUAAUCAAGGCUUCGUUCAGUAAUAUUAAACAGAGUAUUAAAAUGAUCAGUGGACUUGGUCCAUAUAUACCAGCAAUGACAAACCUGGAUACAAUGUGGUUUCUCUAACUUACACGAGAGAGAAACUGUCCUGUGAAAUGUGAUUUGUUUAUUCAACUUGUGAUUCUAAUAAUGCGAAUAAAAUAGAAACUUUUUUUCCUUC